GACAGAUUUUUGGCAGUGAGUGGUAGACAUGGCAUGUUCUCGUUUACCUACCUACCUACUUAUCGUUUUCGUUCUUUAAUAAACUCAUUUUUUGAGAUUGUUAGAAAUUAGGAAACCUAGCGAUAUCAAUAAUUUAUUGUAUUUUGCUACUUACAUGUUGGAAUGUAAACACGCGACAGAUUGCCUAAAAAAAGUCAACACUAACCAAGAAAAUGCAAACGGGCAAACCAGGGAAAGCACCCACAAAGGGUGCCAAACAGAUAUUGGUUGAGAACCAAGCGACUGUUAGUUUUUACAGAAACAUGGGGUUAGGAGCAGUGGCUGUUCAUGCUGUCAUAGUAACUGUCUUGGGAGUAAGCUUUAGUUGGGUGAUGAACAUUAUCAUAGUUUCGCUAUAUACCGCCAGCUACCAGUUGAUGAAGUAUGUUAGCCGACCAAGAUACUCUGACAACAGUCAGUUGAUUGACCCUGGCAUUGAUCUGAACAUGGAAGGUGGCAUGGGAGAGCAUAUCAAAGAUGUUGUUAUCUUAUCAUCAGUGACCCACGUUUUGGCUGCAAUAUCUGACUAUUUCUGGUUCCUGUUGCUACUGCUACCCUUGCGAGCCUUCUACUUGCUGUGGGUCAACAUCCUUGGGCCAUGGUUCUUCCAGGCCUCGCCUGACGAAGACAACGAUGAAAAGAAAAGAAAAAAAUUAGAUAAAAAAAUGAAACGUGUUCACUUCACUCAAAAGAAAUGAAGAACAAAUUAGGUUUUUAGAUUGUUUAGGUUGCUGGUUGUUUACUUUUUUUUUGUAGUUGGGCCAUAAAGAAUUUUGAAACUAGAUGUGGCACUUCAAUGUCUCUGCUGUGAAUCGUCCAUGGCAAUUUUGCCCUUUUCAUAAAAUACAAUGUAUGACUUAGCUUUUAUAAAAGUAAUAAAAGACUGCUCUUUUAUAUGAAUGUAUAAAACAUUGCAAAGAAUACAAUAUAUUUAACUUAUGCUUAUUAUAUAGUUAUAAUUGUAUUUACGACGGUUGUUAUUUACGUUUUAGCUCGCUUUUCAAUUUUAAAUUCCGGUCGUUUUUCAAUUUUCUACUUCUGAUUUGCAUACUCAUCAUGAUUUCUAAAUUUUAAUUAUAUUAUGUAUUGGCGAUUAAAUUUCAUAUUUACAUGAAAUAAGCAAAGUAAUCAGCUAACGAGGUGACGAAUAUUUAUGAGAGAAUGUUAAAAUUAGAAUAAAAAAUGUAAUAUUGAAUCAGUGGCAUUAAACUAUUCGUAGGGCUGUAUUAAAUACACGUAUCAUCAAUCUUCAGUGAGAAUAUAUGAAAUUUUGACAUUUAUUCAAUAAAACCCGCAGUCAUAUAGAAUCUUA